CGCAGAAGAAGCAGACGAAUUCAGGAAAGUUUCGUCUGCGCCCAUAAACUGAAUGACGAAAUAGAAAAUGCAUUUUUUUGUGUUUUAUUUCGAGUGAGUUUUAUUAGUUUGUAUCGGUUCUCGGAGGAGGACUUUGUAAGAAGUACUUUUAGGAUUGUGGCUUCUUUUUUGUGAUAUUCUGUUGGUGAGUGUUUUUUGGACUUGGAAGAACAAUUUUUGUAUAAGUUUUGUUUGCGGCUCUAGAAGGAAGGAAGAGAGGAAGUUGAAAGGAGAUAAAAAUUCAUGGUUGAGCGCCCCAGUUGUGCGAAACAAUGCUUUAAAUUUAGCGCUUGAGUAUGGGAAACGAGCCCAUUCUUGACUAUACUUGAGGAGAGGAAACCAAUGGUCGGACCAGGACAGGUGUUAGACAAGGAUAUGCUGCAGAACCGUUUCACUGUUCCCCUGAGCUUGGAAGUUGGAUCGAACGUGACCUCCGCUGCCCUCCACAGUGCGGUGACGCUAUCAUGUGUGGCCAUGUCGUACCCGAGGGCGACCGUCACGUGGUCGCGGGACGUCCCGUGGCCCCAGGGCAGCGUCCUCAUUAAGACAGAUGCUCUCAGCCAUGUGCGGGUGCUGUCCACGGUCACAAUCAGCGCCCUUCGUAGGCAGGAUAACGGCACUUACUACUGCGCCGCUCGCAACGAUCAAGACAUGCUGAUGGCACAGCAGGAUGUCGUAGUUUUAGAACCGGCAGAGAUCUCCGUAGAUUCAGUGGAAGCACUAGACCCCCGUACCGCCUUACUCAAAUGGAGUCUGGAGUAUAAAGGCAACCUCCCCAUCAAGCGCUACCACCUGCAGAUGAAAAAUUAUAGCACCGGUGGAGCGGACUGGUUGGAUAUGGAUGAUAAGAUACCUGCCAACGCGACCAGUUACACAGUGCGAUACCUGGCCCCUGCAGUCACUUACGGCUUUCAACUGGCAGCGGUCAACGAAGCUGGACACAGCAACUGGGAAGCCAAGAACCUCACGAUGCCUGCUGACGUUCCUCCGAAAAUCACGUGGGUGCAAAUGAUGGCCUCGACGAACGAGACUUUAUUGUUUGGAUGGCGUCGUCCCAGCCACGACAAUGGGGCAGAGAUUAGUCACUACGUAGUCCAGUUGAGCCAGAACCAGAAGUUGGUGUCCAACGAGACUUUACCUGUGUUGCCCUCAGAGAGACAGAAUUAUAUAUUCAUCUUCGUUGGGCUGGAACCAGGAGAAUGCUAUGCCUUCCAAGUACAGCCAUGCAGUGAGAUUGGAUGUGGCAGCUGGUCUGAUGAAUUAGAUGCUACGACGAGUGACGGAAUGGCCGAUCCUCCAGAAAACAUCGAAAUGCGAUGUUUCCACGACAACACGCAGAAUAUCAACUACGUGGUGGUCACGUGGGAUUUGCCCAAGAACGUUAGAGGCACUGUUCAGGCUUACAAUGUGACACUGGAAGGUGAAGCCAAGUACCGGAAUGCCAGUGGAUAUUUCGUAAUGGACACUUUUCAAGAGUUUAACGAAGUUCAGAAAGAGAACCAAGUUUUCAAAAGCACCGUCCGACCCAAUACGAAUUACACCGUGAAGAUUUGCACAGUGAAUAAAGCCGGUUGUGGACACUCUAGCACACCGAAUGACAAAGCCAAGUGCAUCUCGCCACCUUCAGUUCCAUCUUCCAUGCCAGAGUUUUAUUUGUAUCCAAUGGAAGGGCAUGAAAAAUGUCGUCAACUGAAACUCAAGUUGCAGAAGGUUUCGGAACGAAAUGGUUUUAUCAGGUGCUAUCGAGUGAUAGUUAUCAAGCUGGCCAAAGGGGAGUCCAUUUCCGUACUUCCCCGAAACCCAGACCAGAUAAACCUCACUUCGUACGAAGGGGUUCAUCAGAAUGGGGGAACAGGAGGAGCUUAUCUAGCAGAAGCUUUCGAUACUGACAACUUCGCGAGCGAGGUGAUCUUGGGAGACGGCGAUUUCAGCCUGUGCGACCCGAGGUCCGGCCCACCUUUCCGAAUCCGGCGCGCCACAGAGGAGGAGGUGGAGGAGGAGGAGAGGACGCUAAGAGUAUAUGACGGCUCGCUUGAUCCGGACACUAACUACUCCGGGUUUGUCCAAGUCCAAGUCUGGGGUCCGGAUGGACAGAUUCUAGCCAAACAGAGUGAAUAUUUUAAACCAGUGCAGACUAGUAAGUGCUCUCUGUCAUCUUCUGGGUCGAGCGCGGGCACAGCACCCCCGGUCAGACCCACAGAUAGCCCCAUGACCUUCCUCUUCGGCGUCAUCUGCGGAACCAUCCUCGUCGUCCUCGUCCUCAUUCUUGUCAUCUGUCUCAUCAGGCGCAGGAACAGUUGUCCUUACGAUGGAGACGACGGAGAACACUUGGGAUUGACAGCACUGCUCAGAAGGACUGUUCAUCGGAGUUCACAUUUAACAAGAGGUAGUCACUUGUCGAAACUUCCUUAUUUCGGGCCCAUAGCUGCAGAAGAGCUUCCUGCAGUAUAUGCAGAAAAACAUCUUGACACCGAUCUUUUGUUUCGCAGUGAAUUCGAGGCCCUUCCUGAUGUGUUUCGUGACAGGACGACUACAGCAUCAGACUCCAUUGACAACAUCUGCAAGAACAGGUAUCCCGAAAUAAAAGCAUUCGAUCAAACAAGAGUUCGGCUAUCUUCAGAUCUCGACAUCCCUGGCUCGGAUUACAUCAAUGCCAACUUUGUCGAAGGUUACAGGGAAAAGAAGCUUUAUAUCUGUGCGCAGGCGCCGCUGAAGAGCACCAUCUGCGAUUUCUGGCGCAUGAUAUGGCAGCAGGGUGUCUCGGUCAUAGUCAUGCUGACGGGAUUGGAGGAAAAUGGAGAGGAAAAAUGUGCUCAGUAUUGGUCCGAUUCGAAAUCACUAGAAGUCAGUUACUUCAGCGUGACGCUCAUCAGUUUCAAGAAAUGCUCAGAUUACAUUCUCAGAACUCUUCUCCUCAAAUGUUCCAAAAAUGAGGAGGUGUGCCAACGCGAGGUGCUGCACUUCCACUUUCUGAUGUGGAGUGACUUCUUGAGUCCCGGGCAACCGUCCUGGCUGCUGAGAUUUAUCAAGAGAGUUAAUGAGCACUACACACCGGAAAGGGGUCCCCUUCUUGUCCACUGCAGUGAGGGGGUGGGCCGUACGGGGACGUAUGUGGCCAUCGACUCCCUCAUCGAGCAGCUGGACUCGGAAGGCAUCGUCGACAUCUUCUCCUUCGUCACACACCUCAGGUAUCACCGGAACCAUCUCAUCAGAACACUGGAAGAGUACAUGUUCGUGUACCGAGCUCUCAUGGAGCACUCUCAGUUCGGUGACACGGAACUGGAGCUGCACCACCUCAGGGACCACUACGAGCUACUCAAGGGCAAGGUCAGGGACAACUGCAGGACGGGGCUCGAGGUCGAAUUUGAGAAGCUGAAUGAUGUCUUCGAAGAGCCUAAAACCUACUGUGUAGGAGCAUGGGACAUCAACAGAUGUAAGAACAGAUACGAAUGCAUCAUACCAUAUGAUAUGAACAGAGUUAUUCUUUUGCCUUCCAUUGCUGAUCAAUCGUCCUAUAUCAAUGCGUCUCAUAUUCAGGGUUACUAUCGCUCUCUCUCUUUCAUCAUCACCCAAGACCCGCUGCCGCAGACCAUCUGGGACUUCUGGCGAAUGGUCAAGGAGCAGCACAUCACCACCCUCGUCAUGUUGUCGGAGCUCGGACCAGAUCUGAAUAAGUGCCCUCAGUACUGGCCGGGUGAAAAUGAGGAAGAAAUCUACGAAACCGUGAGGGUGAAAUGGAAGAGCUCUAGUCAAACUUCACAUUACAUCCUCAGGCAGUUCGUGGUCACGGACAUGGAGGAUGACCAGAAGCAUUUGUGCAGCCAGUUCCAGCUGAUUAACUGGUCAUCAUCCGGUGGCGGAGUCCCCGAGAAUGUCUCCUCGCUCAUAGUAGCCAUUGAACAUGUACAGCAAUAUCAUAACAGUCAGCUGUCCACUGGCCCCAUCACAGUACAUUGCAGUGGCGGCGGAGAUCGGAGUGGCAUCUACGUCGCUCUGAGCGACCUCAUCGAGCAAGCCCGCUGCGACGAGAGAGUGGACGUUUUUCAAACCACCAAAUACGCGAGAGCUCAAAGGCACUGCCUACUACAAACCCUGGAGCAGUACGAUUUUCUAUAUCGUGGACUCAUUCAUUAUGUAGAGCGGUACAACCUUUGCAACUUGGGGGACACUCCAUUAUGAUGGCCAAUUGCCCCUAGCCCUCUCAAAGAGCCUCUUCCGACUUUUGACAGCGCCACUGCCACACUUCUUGACGGUAUACCGCCGCUCAUGUGAAAGCCCCUUCCUCCUCUGACGAUGAUGUUCCAAAGAGGCAGCCAUAAUGGAAUGUAUCUUUUUCUCUUACAUUCAAGGACACAGAAUUGAAUAAGUUGCUGAUAUACUCGACUUAUUCAGCAAUAAGAAUUUUCGGUUUUUCGUUUCAUUUGCUGAAGCAGUGGAUUUAAGAAUUCGUAAUAUAAUUUAGUUGUAGAAGAGAGUAACUUGAAUAGAGGCGAGUCACAAAUCAAAACCAGAACAAUGUAAUUUCAAUCAGCAAUGCAUUCUUAAAGAACCAUCAAACCAUUACUAUGACUUAUUGCAAAGUCAUAAUAAUAGUUCUUAAACCUGCUUGUAGCAAAGCCAGUUUAAUAUAAAUGAAUAAAAAAUCGUUUGGUAAGUGUAAAUUACUCCUACGUUUGCAAUAAGAAAAUUGCUCUGAAAUAUUUUUCAUAGUAAUUUUAACAAAAAAAUAUAAUAUAAUGAUAUUUUACCAAAGAAUACAAAAUGUAAAACAGAAUACCUAUUGUGAUGUUUUAUGCGUUAAAGAAAAGAGCAAAUUUACAUUCCAGUUAUGACUGUUACAGUUUUGGUAUUUCUAGUUCAUGGUUUUUGUGUCAUAGAGUUCACUUCUGGAACAUCAGCACAGAGGAAAGUUAUGUUGGUGGGGAAAAAACACAGAAGAAACUGUUAUGUGAUCGAACUGUGUUUCAGAACUGUUGAAAAGUGACACAGUUGAAGCAUUAAAAACGUUUGUUUGAAUGAAAAUGUUCAUGCCUCAGGCUAAUGCUUAUAUUAUAUGUUAUUACUAGAGACAGCAGGAUUGGAAAUAGAGUAUAUGUUUUUUUAAACAAAUUCCCGAAUGGAUCAUAAAAUGUAUUCAUAUUUAUCUUUAAAUGGCAUGAUUUAAUUUAUUUUAAAGUUAAUUUUUUUUCUUUUUGAAGUUACAUGAUUAAUCCUACAAAUUCUAAAAAAAAUAUUUAGUUUUCAAGAUUAUGAUUGUUGAUAAAAAAAAUUGAGUAAUAGAAAUCUAAACUGGACGAUUCAAAUUACAUAACUGUUUUAUGCAGUUUUCCAUUACAUAAUAAUUUAUAAUCGUAAAACUUAUUAUCUGCAUUGAAAAUAAUUUAUCGGCCAUGAAUAAUGCUAAAAAUGCAUAUUUAUAUCAUAUAUUUAAGUUAAAUAAAACAAAUUACUUUGUAUGAGAAAGAAUCUACGAAGCUAACUUAGAUUUAUAUCCUUCUAAACAUUCAAAUCAAACUAAUUUCAAAAAGUCAGUACAAACUAUUGCUAGUUAAUAAUUCAAUGCAAAAAAGAAAGCGAUUAAAUCAAUUUAUUUGAUUUCAGAAUUUUUUCUGAAAAAUUCUUGCAAGAGUCCUUAGUUAAUUUUGGAAAACAAAAUGUAGUAAACAUUUUUGUAAGAUGUUUGAAUAUUGUAUGCAUCAUUUGUUGCAAAGGGUAACACGCACAUGUUACCCUGUGCAGUAAAUGUAUAAAACAUAUGUGUACAAGCACCUGUUCAAACAGAUGUUGAUAAAUAAGUAGAUAUUUUAAAAGACAGAUAUGUUACAAAGAGAAUUUAUAUACUAUGCUAAUGUUUAAUAUGAAGAGAAAAUUAAAAAUUUUAAAUAACGUUAUUUUAUUAUCAAAUGAUUUGAUUUAUUACUAACUGUUGAAUCACUUGUAUAUAGAGUUGAUGAUAAUUUUUGCUCCUUUAAUUUUAACUUGAUUCAGGAUUAAUGUUUCUAAAAAUAAACCAUAAUAUCACAUGUAUAAAAGGCUCAAGCAUCAAUUUUUUAUGGAUACCAGUUAGCUGUAUAGAAUAAAUAAAAACUGUUUUUCAUUGAAUCCAACAACUGAUUAUCUGAAUGUUGAUCAAUAUAAACACCACAAUUUUUCCAAAAUACAUACAAAAAUACCAAAAUAAUCUUAAAAUUUCAUUAUUAGUUGAUGAACCACUAAUUUGCUAUUUUAAAAAUUGAAAUUUAUCAUUUGUAAAAUCAAAUUUGUAGCGAACUACAUCUUUACUAAAAUGAGUUGAAAAUAAAUCUAAAUUUUGAGCUAGAAAAGUUUACAAUGUCAUUAAAAUGUAGCACUUAGACUAACACAUAAAUACAUACGAGUAAUGGAUAAAACAUUAUUUUCUACACUUAAAAAUAUCACAGGAUGGUGAAUAUUCAAUUUAUCGUAUUUGAAGUUACUAUAAAUGUAAAUUUCUGUUUUUAAACUCAUUUAAUAGAUGUACUGUUCCCAAAUGCCCUAUAAUGUAUUUCUUUAUUAUAAAAGAUCUGAAUGUGUUUCCAAACAACCACCUGCUGUCUCAUCCGAAACAGAAGCAUGAACCAAAAGCAACAGGUUCGGCUCAAAACAAUAAAAAUAUACAGAGUGCCUAUCUUCCUCCAGUUAUCGGGGAAGAACCACUUCUAUAUAUAAAAAAAUAUGUAUACAGGACUCGUAUUUCUCUUCACACCGUCUAAUGAUUCUGACUGUAGUCUUCAAAUUCUAAUGACAUAGAAUGAUAUUGUAUAUAAA